UUUCAGAAAUGCGUCCACUUUCGCUGAAAGGCCACGAACGUGCUCUCACUCGGGUCCGUUUCAAUCGUGAGGGAGAUUUGACGUUCUCCUGUGCUAAGGACAAGAAGCCAUGCGUUUGGUAUACUGAAAAUGGAGAGAGAAUCGGUAGCUACGACGGGCAUAACGGAGCCGUGUGGGAUAUCGACGUCUCAUGGGACACUACCAAGUGUGUCACCGCGUCCGGAGACCUCACCGUGAAGAUUUGGGAUGCCGAGCUCGGCAACUGCCUCUACACAAUCAACCAUCAGACUCCGAUGAAGUCGUGCGGAUUCUCGUAUUCAGGAAAUUUGGUGUGCUUCACCACACAAAAGAUGACAAAGAAUCUCUCGACGUUCCAAGUCCGAGAUCUUCGUGAUUCAAGUCAAAUGGUUGAGGGUGGAGAGUCAUUCUUCUACUCACAAUUCGAUGUGAACGCCACGACCGCACUUUUCACUCAGAUGGAUGACCUCGUGACGAUCGGAUUCGAGUCUGGACUCCUUCAGCAGUACGAUUUGAGAAAUCCGGAUACACCAAUUCACACUAACGAGAGUGUUCAUCGUUACAGCGUCCAAGAUCUCCAACUAUCACCACGCGGCGAUUUCCUGAUCUCCGCUUCACGCGACAAGACGGCCGCCCUGCUCGACGUGAACGAUCUGAAAAAGCUGAAACAAUACAAAUCCGAGCGUCCCGUCAACUCGGCAUGCAUCUCACCGAAUCGCGAUCACAUUUGCCUUGGAGGAGGAGAAGACGCGAUGCAGGUCACACAGACGUCUGUCUCUGCUGGACACUUUGAAGCCAAGAUCUAUCAUAUGGUGUUCGAAGAGGAAUUCGCCAGAUUCAAGGGACAUUUCGGACCGAUUAACACGAUGGCCUGGCAUCCAUCGGGCACAAUUAUCGCGACUGGAGGAGAAGACGGUUACAUCAGAAUUCAAGAGUUCGACGAGGACUACCUCGGCUUCACCUACGAUUUUUAAUUUGUUCUACGUUUUCGUUUUCUUCCUGUUUCCCGGGCGAUCGUAUUUGCCAAAAAAAGACCGUUUCCCCCUUUUUCCUACUCGUUCCUGUUGAAAACCGCCUAAUUUUAGAGUUUAAAUGACGAAUUUAAGCCUAUGCAGUUCGGAAAACCUUUAAAAUUUAUCAAAUUCUAAAAUUACGCGGUGGUGAUUUUCUGUUUUUUCCAUUUUUUCCAUAUUUAAGAUCAAUUUUCGGUGGCUUUUAAUUGUUUUUUUUUUCAUAAAUAAAUAUUAUUUUGAGUUAAAAUU